GCACGCAGAACACUUGAUACCAUGAUACCUGUUUCGGGAUGCUUGAGCUCGGCAGCCGUUCAGUCUGUCGACGGGAUCCUAACGGAUCUCUCUCCUCCCACAUCCGCUCGUCGCGCAAAUGAUUUUCACUCCCAGUUUUUAUUCGGACACAUUCCCUUGUUCGUUUGCUGAAACGAGCGUGGCUCGGGACAUGGAUCUGUCGAGUGUUUCUUUGAAGUAAAACUUUUUGUUUCGAAUCAUCACAAAGGCGCCAAAAGAUUUUCAAAAAUGGCCUACACGCGGCUACCGGAUUUGUUCUCUCUUGUUCUCUGUGCGCUGGUGACUUAAAAAGUGUUUUUUAAAAAAAGAGGCAAACUUUGAAAAAAAAAAAAAAACGAUUUUGCUGUGCGACCACAAACGCCAUUGAAAAACGUCUUCCUAAUUUAAGCGCAUCAGAAAAUCACGGAAACGUUCCCACACACACACACGCAGACACAAGGAAAAGCCCGGAAGGCGUCAUACAUCAAGAUGGCGGAAAGACGGAAUCAAAACGGAUCAGCCGGACAAGAAUAUCUAAACUUUACGUCAUGGCCGUCAGAUUCUUAUUACAACUACUUAAUGCACUAUUGCAGCAACAACAACAACAACACGGCCAGCGUCUGCUGUCAAUGGAAUAACUGCACUGUCACGACAAGCAUCUUAGAAGGCACCAACAGCAGCAACGCAACCGAUUAUUGGAUCAACUCGACAAGCCCACAGAGGCCGGACGACAAUCUGAUAUUUACCAGCUUGACUUCGGCCAUCUUGGGAGUUCUCAUACUGGCCACUAUUAUUGGAAAUGUUUUCGUCAUUGCCGCCAUUUUGCUCGAGAGACACCUACAUUCCGUGGCCAAUUACCUGAUCGUCUCACUGGCCGUGGCAGAUCUCCUUGUCGCCUGUUUGGUGAUGCCAUUAGGAGCCGUCUACGAGAUUAGCCAGAGAUGGAUUUUGGGACCGGAAUUGUGCGACAUGUGGACAUCCUCCGACGUGCUCUGCUGCACCGCAUCCAUUCUUCACUUGGUUGCCAUAGCAACCGACAGAUACUGGGCCGUGACAAAUCUGGAUUACAUCCACAACAGGAACGUCAGUCGCAUUGGGACGAUGAUUUUCCUCGUCUGGGCUGUCGCAUUGAUUGUGUCCGUCGCGCCGCUAUUCGGCUGGAAAGACGCGGAAUUUCUCGAUCGAGUCAACAUCCAACAGCGUUGCCUCAUCAGUCAAGAUGUUUCCUAUCAGAUUUUCGCCACCUGCGCGACAUUUUACGUCCCCCUGGCCGUCAUUCUGAUCGUUUACUGGAAAAUCUUUCAGACGGCCAGACGAAGGAUACGCAAACGUGUCAAUCAUCAACAAAGCCAGCAGCUGGAUCAUUCGCACAUCAACCGCGAUCGCAAAAUGAUUCGACGCUGGUUCAAAUGUGCGGCAGCCUCUUCGUCAGCUGAAGAAUCUGAGCACAUCAAAGAAGACGAGCCACAAGCGCGAACGAGUAGCGACAACGUCAUGGCCAUCGGUCAAGACGAACGCAUCGUUGCCGAUCAGCAAACGACGGCCUUCACGAUCGAAAUUCCCGAAAUGACGCCGUCAAUCACGUCGGAAAAUGUCAUGCCCGUUGUAGUCAAUCGACAAUCGCCCCUCAACGGUUCGACGGUGGCCCUGAGCAGUCCAGUCAUCAAAACAAUGGCGCCAGCGACGACUAACAUGGCCAAAACGACGGAGAACGCGGUCCGAAAGAAAAGAGAAACGCUCGAAGCGAAACGCGAACGCAAAGCAGCCAAAACGUUGGCCAUCAUUACGGGAGCGUUUGUCAUGUGCUGGUUGCCGUUUUUCGUGUGCGCCCUGCUGAUGCCUUUGAGACCCGAUUGGGUCUUUGAUGAGACCAUGUUGUCCGUCUUCCUCUGGCUCGGCUAUUUCAAUUCAACGCUCAACCCAAUCAUCUACACCAUCUUCAGUCCAGAGUUUCGGCAAGCUUUCAAACGUCUUCUUUGCGGCAAAGCGGCCGUCAAUGGAACUUCGGCUUAUCGACCGCGUAAACUCCGUUGAAAAAAAUAAAGAACAAAAAGAUACGAAUUUUUAACGACGGUUGAAACAAUCCAUCUGACGUAUACGACGGAAUCGCGUAUUACGUGUCACACAAUUAAAAAAAAAAACUGGCAUAUUUAUUUAUCUAUUUUCAGAUGGAAACGAAGCGAUUCAGUUAAAGGACUUUGUUGUUGAAUUUCCCACUGUUUCCCCGAAAGUCUUUUUAAAUAGAUAUAUCAUUAAUCGUUCCAAUCCCUCCGUAUCACGUUAUGUACCGUUUCGUUUCUUCUCAUCAUAAAAUAUAACAAACAAAAACCCAGCGAAACUUCUUGUUUGUGUCAUUUAAAGUGUUAUUUGUUAUUUACAGCAGACGACGACGACGAAAGUUCCACGAAAAUAAGCAAAUGUACUAUUUAAAAAUAAUGUUUCUUCUUUCCUAUAUUUAUCAAAUAGCAUGGCUGUCACGAUGCACAAGUUAGAUCACCUGUUCGUGUUCCCUUUGGUGAAUGCGACAACAAUUGAAUCGAUAAAACGUUGCAAUGCGAUGUGAACAGAUUUGCAAGAGCAGAAAGAGUUUUAAAAAAGGGAGCGUGUGCGUGAUACAUGUUUCGCUGUCGAGCGAUGAAUGUGUUUCUUUUAAGCGUGCGUGUGCGAUUUGCGUGUGCCAUUGUUGUUAAUUUCACCUUUUUACGUAUUUUCCUUUCGAUGGCCAAAAAUGCUGUACAUAACAACUUGAAAAUUCAUGUGUAACAAAUAAAUUCAAAUUAAAUCAAA